AUGGCGCCGUCCUCAUCCGUGGGCUCCGAUGUCUUUGCUGUGCUCGCCCUACUGUCCAUUUCAGCAACUGUUGUUCUCCUCCUUCGAUACUACCUUCCUCUACGGACAACUCCCGCCUAUCUCCUGAUUCCUGUGUUCUUGGCUCUGGCUCUUCCAUCCUCCAUAGUCUUCCUGGUACCCAUCGACUUGGCUUCGUCUUCUGGUACCGAUACCGAUGGCCAAAGAGGAAUAUGGCUGCCCAACAAUGUCAUGCUGGUUGCUUGGAGGCUAGCAUACUGGCUCACCUUUUGUCUGACAUGGUUCGUCAACUCAGCUACCCAUCUUCAAUAUACUCGAGCUAAAACAUCUCACCUAGGNUUUGUACUUCCUCUGCUCGGCGAGUAUUGUGACUCGGGAUACCGAGAACCAAAGGACCGCUUCAUAUACUCUCUCCGAUCCAACGCCCGCUAUCAGCUCAUCACACUGUCCCUCGGAACCGCUGGCGCCAUCUACUUCUUUUGGCAGAAUCGCCAUGACCAUACUACAAAUAAAGCUACGACCCUCAAGGCACUAGUCAUGGCCAUGGCAUAUGCCUAUGGUCUGGUUCUGGCCAUCUACCUUAUGGGCCACGGACUCGUCGCCAUACCACGCCGUCUGAUCAGGGAUGCCAGCGUCAGUGCUCGAUUGAAGAGGCUUCAGAGCCAUGCGCCGGGCAUACACGACAAGCUGGAUGAGGCUAUUGAGGAUCUACACAAAGUCGAAACUCAAGUCCUCCAACUACGCCAGCGGAAAAACACAAUACCCAGGGACCUACAAGAUUGGGUGGAAGAACUUUAUGAUAUGUCUAGUCUGCCCGAAUCGCGCCCUGCUGUUACUCAUGCAUCUGUACCCGCACCCCCACCCGUCGUGACGGAACGAUAUCUGGCAGAACUGUCUCGAAAAGUAAAGCGUGCGAGGCACAAGCGUGCACGCUUCACUGGCGAGUGGAACCAUCUCGUUAGGCAGGCUGCCAGGUUCCAAUCGCUCAUCGACUUCCCUUCGUCACAGCGCCCGAAAGCAGCAAACAUGCGUUAUCAUGUCCAGGUCCAUGUCUUGCCUACUCUGCGUGCUAUUGCGGGCGUUUUCCUAGCUUGCGCAUCUAUCGGUCUGCUCUGGUCAGAGGUGGUGCACGAGAUGGAGCCAAAGCUUUCCUUGGUUGGAAUGAGCGUUGUGCAUCAUCCAUCGAGCUCUCGAGGUCAGAUCGGUUUCGCCGGUCAGAUGAUUUCCGCUGCGUGGUUGCUAUACAUGUGUGCUGCAGCUUUGUACUCUGUAACGGAAGUCAAGGUCUGGGGCAAUCGUGCACUCGUACGUCGCCAGACAUACGCUGAGAGCGCAUGUUGGUAUAGCUUGCAGGUUGCUAAGCUCACAGUUCCCUUGAGCUUCAACUUCAUCACCAUGAUCGACCCGACCAUCAGCGAAGGUACCACCUUCUACGGGUUUCUCGGGCGCUUGAUCAACCUCACACCCGUCAUUGGCAACUUCUCGGCCUAUUUCCCAAUUGUUGUCCUAAUCCCAGUCGUCGCGACCCUCUUCAACCUCUAUGGCAAGGUCAAGAAUGUGAUCGGCUUCGGCGUGAUUGAAGACGAACACGAUGAGCAGGGAGCAGGCACUUGGCGUGAGGGUCGCAUUCUCAUCGAACGUGAGCUACAGGCCGAUGGCUCACAACUGAACUUGGCUUCUUCGAGUCUGCUGUCUUCAGCUGAACCAUCACCACGCCAUAGCGCCGAUCUCAACCGACCGUCAAGACUGAAUAACAACAAUGGCCGCCCCUCUGCAGCGAGAAGAGCUGCUGCGCGAAUGCCCGAGGAGGACGAAGACACGAGCGACAGAGCGUUCUUCCAAGAUGUCGGCCAGCGCAUGCGCAACACGUUUGACACAGUCGAAACACCGGCCUGGCUCCGGGAGAUCGGAGAGGUUAUUAAGAAGCCCAGGUGGAUGAACGGAGGCAAUGAAGAUGGUGCUCAAAGCUCAGAAGAAGGGGGUAACUUCUUUGGCAAGCUGUUUGGCGGUAGCAGUAGUGACAAUGGUAAUAUUAGGUUGUAG